UCCAGUAGCACCACAGGCAGCUGCUGAGCAAACAAAAACGGAAAGGGGGCAGCUAGAUUAAUAAAAUUAAAAGACAAGAAAAAUUGUUUAAAUAUUUACAUCUUAGAUAAGAUACAUUUUAAUUACUAAUAUUUUGUUUAAUUUUCUUUGGUGAAGGGAUCCCUUUGAGGAAAAAAACAAAAGAGAGAGAAAAUGAUGAGGUUGCUGUGCAUCACUAUACUCUUCAUGACCCUGGCUGGCAGUGCGUACAGUCAAGAGACAACCCCUCCCUCACUAAAGAGAGUCAAGGUUUCUGCUCAACUAGGUGACAACAUCACCCUGCCCUGCAGGCUCUGGUCCUCAGACAGUGGAUCCUUGAAUGUCCGGAUCCAUUGGACCAAAGUGGAAGAUGAUGAAGCAAUGAAUGAGGAUGUUCUGCUUUCAAUGGGAUACCACAAGAAGACCUAUGGGAGCUUCGACGGUCGGGUCUUUAUGCAGAACUCUGACAGUGAAGACGCUUCCAUAAUAAUUACUGCAGUCUCCAUGGAUGACAUGGGAAAAUACCAAUGUGAGAUCAUGAACGGGAUUGAAGAGACAGUGCAAGAGGUCAUCUUGGAGGUGCAAGGUGGUCUGAUAGAUGGUGUAGUGUUCCCAUACUCCCCCCCUUUGGGCAGAUACAACCUGAACUUCAACGAUGCCGUGCAAGCCUGUGAGGACCAGGAUGCUGUGAUUGCCUCACAUGAACAGCUGCUUGAGGCAUGGAAGGGCGGUUUGGACUGGUGCAAUGCUGGAUGGCUGAAUGAUGGCACAGUGCAGUAUCCUAUCACCAAACCCAGGCAGCCUUGUGGUGGCUCCAACAACGGGCCUGGCCUCAGAAACUAUGGACGCCAAGACAAGAAGAUUAGCCGAUUUGAUGUGUUCUGCUUUGCUUCUGCAUUCAAAGGACAUCUCUAUUGGCUGGUCCAGCCUGAAAGGCUGACCUUCUAUGAGGCUGUGCAGGCAUGCAGAGACGACGGUGCGGAGAUUGCCAAGGUUGGCCAAAUAUUUGCCGCCUGGAAGAUCGAGGGCUACGAUCGCUGUGAUGCUGGCUGGCUGGCUGAUGGAAGUGUCCGCUACCCCAUCUCCAGGCCCCGCAAGAACUGCAGCCCUACAGAAACAGCAGUGCGUUUUGUUGGGUUUCCUGACAAGACGGUGAAGUCCUAUGGCGUGUACUGCUACAAGGCUGAUCAGUGAGGGGGUAGAUAGGUCUAAAGAAGCCAUGACCACCAAAGAGCAGCAACAGCCACAACCAGUAAAAUCAACAAUGAAGCAGAUAAGCUUUUGAUCUAACCUAGCAUGAACUCAAUACCUUUCUGAAGCUGUAAUAACCCUAAGAAAAUAUACAUGCAUACAUCUUAUACCCACCUAAGCAUUGAGAAAAAUGAUUUGUAGCUAUUGUGUUUUGUAUUUUUUUAUGCUGGGCUUUCGUUGGUUUUACGCAGAGUAUUAAGUAAAGGUCUGUUGUGUCAAAGUAUGACUAAUGUGACAGAGACGAGGUUAGAAGGUAAUGGUCAGCAUCAUCUGAGUUCAGUUUGUCUCCCACAAAUGAUUAGAUUGAUGAAGCUCAAAAUUUAGUGCAAAGACGUGCAUCUGCAGCUGAAAUGAGCUGCAUUAAAAUUCAUGUUCAGGUACUCGAUAAAAAAUAAAAUAUCACAUAUUUUUGUUCUUGACAAAGUCUACAGCUAUGGGUACCUGUUACACUGUACAAAAUGAUCAGCUGCAGUUAAUGUUUGCUUUUACCGUCUGAAACUGAAAAAAAGCUUUUCAAACAGAAGAGCUGUGAUGACAUUAUUUGCCAAGAAAAUGAAGGUAAAUGUUUUGGUCUGUUACUGUUUUUGCUGUGGAAGCUUCUAUUAGAGCCAUUUCCAGGUACAAAGACCAAUAUAAUCUAAUGCAACGCACUCUUUUGUCCUAACAAAAUGUUUUUACAUUUUAAUGAUGUUUAACAAUAGUUUAUUUUAUUUUUGUUUUUCUAGCAUGUGUGGGGUUUUUUUUUUAAGAAAAAGAACAGAUUCAGUCUCAUAAUUUCUCUAACAUUAUUUGGAUUCUAGCUAAGACAUUAAUUCAGAUUAGCUGCAGAUAUGACUCUCCAACAAAAGAGUGAUAUUCCCAAAAAAAAUCUAAUAUUACAGCAGUUAAAGUAUGACUAUUAAAUGUUUUGUUGCACAUGACCACUGGCACAGUCACACAUAUUCAUGCUGUGAGCUGCAAAUUUCAAUUGGUAUUCUGUUUUUUUAACAGGUCAUUUUAUUCUGAUGAUCAAUCACACUCUCGGUGUGAGCUGAUAAUUAGAGGUGCAACAAAACUUUUCUAAUCCUGGAUACAGACACACUGCAUGUAGAGCACAUGUGAUAAUGAGGUGAUGCAUUGUUUGUAAUAGCAAAACUCAAAUUGAAAUUUGCACAUGGAAAAAAAAAAAGGCGAUGUUGUAUCUUAGCACCAUGUACCUUUUCAAAUGAAGCUGUUUGAAAUAAAGAACACAAUUUUUUAAUCCA